UUUGGGGAAAGGUCUGUCUAUAUGAUUGCGAGACUUCUUGAUUCAGAGGGACAAUCAGUUUGGUGUUUAGAGAAGAAGAACAGAGCCGAGGAAUAUCACAGAUCAUCCCAACGCAUCAAGAGGAACAGGAAAAAGGGGAGGGAGAAGAUGGGUUACUGGAAAUCGAAGGUUCUUCCAACGAUCAAGAAGAUGUUCGAGAAGAAACCUGGGAAAAAGGCGGCUGCUGCUGAGGCCAUCAAGAACUUCGAUGAAUCUAAGGAAGCGAUCAACAAGGAGAUGGAAGAGAAAAAGACAGAACUCCAGCCCAAAGUCAUGGAAACCUACGAGGCCACGUCUGCCGAAGUCAAGGCUUUGGUGAGGGAGCCCAAAGAGGAUGGUCUGAAGAAACACUCUACAGAUGUCCAAAAGUUCCUCGAGGAGCUUGUCAAAAUCGAAUUCCCUGGAUCGAAAGCUGUGUCUGAAGCUUCGGCCAACUUCGGUGUGAGCUACCUGACCGGACCUGUCUCGUUCGUGUUCGAGAAGGUGUCCGAGUUCCUUCCGCCCGUAGAGAAGACGAGAGAUGUCGCGUCCGAGGAGGUGACAACAGAGGAAGAAACGAAAACGUCCGAAGAAACAAGUGGUGAUAAGGAGAAGGAAACCGUCGGAGAGAAGAAAGAAGAAGCGAAACCGGCCGAGGAGGAGGAGAAGAAGAAGGAAGAGACUGCUCCGGUGGAAGCUCCGGCGAAAACUCCGGCGAAGGAAGAGGAAACGCCGGCGUCUGAGCCGUCGAAGGCCUGAGAUCGUGCUGGCAGAUGAUUUAACCAAAACUCUUUGUACGUAAAAAGGGGAUUUUCUUGUUUGUUUAUUUAGUGUGUGUGUGGAUAGAAAUCUUUUUAAGGGUUUUUAUUUUAUUUAUAAUGUCAAUGUGAAUUAGUAACAAAAUAUAUGGGUCGUGUUUUUUUUUUUCA